AUGGAGGACCUAUUCUCCCUCCCCAUCUUCUUCAUCACCUUCCGCGAGUCCCUCGAGACCGCCAUCAUCGUCUCCGUCCUCCUCGCCUUCAUCAAGCGCACCCUCGCCACCAAAGAUGACCCCGUCCUCCAGCAGAAGAUGGAGAGGCAGGUCUGGCUCGGCACCGCCACCGGCCUCGCCACCUGCGUCCUCAUCGCCAUGGCCAUCAUCAGCGGCAUCCACAGCCUAGGCGCCGAGCAGUUCGCCGCCGCCGAGAGCAUCUGGGAGGGCAUCUUCUCGCUCGGCGCAUCCCUCAUCAUCACCGCCAUGGGCGCCGUGCUGCUGCGCGUCACCAAGCUCCAGGACAAGUGGCGCGUCAAGCUGUCCAAGGCCCUGAACGCGAGCGAGAGCCACUCCGGCCCCUUCCGCGACCGCCUCAAGUACCUGGGCGAGAAGUAUGCGCUGUUCCUGCUGCCUUUCAUCACCGUCCUGCGCGAAGGUUUCGAGGGCGUGCUCUUCAUCGCCGGCGUCGGCGUGAGCGAGACGGCCGCUUCCAUCGCCAUUUCGGCCGUCCUCGGCCUUACGCUUGGCGCCGUUGUCGGCUACUUUAUCUACAGGGGCUCCAAGACUGCGCCCAUCCAGGUGUUCCUCAUUGUGUCGACUUGCUUCCUGUACCUCAUUGCCGCCGGUCUGUUUUCCAAGGGCGUGUGGCACUUUGAGCAAAACGAGUGGAACAAGAUUGUCGGAGGCGACGCGGCGGAGCUCGGCUCUGGCCCCGGGUCCUACGACAUCCGGAGAAGCGUCUGGCACGUGAACUGCUGCAACCCCGACCUCAACGGCGGCGGCUUCUGGGGCAUCUUCAACGCCGUCCUGGGCUGGCAGAACUCGGCCACCGUCGGCUCCGUCGUCUCGUACAACCUGUACUGGGUCGCCGUCGCCACGGGCUUCUUCGUCAUGAUCUGCAAAGAAAAGGGCUACUGGCCCUACAGCAACAAGGACAAGCAGCGGGCGACCCACGAGGGCGGCGACCAAGAGCCGCUUCUUAGCAGGCCCGCGAGGUAA